CGGGGGCUGAACUUCCCGGGUCAGCGGCGUGCGCAGCGCAGCGUCCCGCCCCGGUACCCGGCCUCCGCCGCGCCGGCUGGGGCUGCCGGACCGGGCCCAGGUGGGCGGUGGCGGGGCAGGUCCCCCCCGGCAGCCAGGCUGGAGGCUCACCGGGGGGCGCGGCUAGCGCAGGACGCCUGGGUUCUGCUCCCCAGCUCGGCGACUCGCGGGUCCCCGCUCUCUCCGUGCCUCAGUUUCCCCUUCUGUGCAAGCGGGCUAAGGCGCUCGCCGCCCUCUGUAAAGCAAAGCGCUAGGGCGCUGGGACAUUAGAGGCGGGUCCAAUGUAUUUUGCUGAGAUCCAGUGGGCUCUGCUGGACCCCGCUCCGAGGCCCGUCUACAGGGACAUGGUUCCGGAGAACUACGGGACGCUCCUCUCUCGGGAUAGUGGAAUUAUUAACGCAGCCCUGCAGCAGGGAGGCCCAGAGACAGCACAGUCCCACGGGACGUUACCAGGGAUGAGAUCCGAAGGGAACGUUUACCAGGCCCCAGGCCACGCAGCCACCUGCCAGAGCCAAGCCAGGCCAGCGGGAAAGCCAUGGAGCAAAACAGCUGCCGACAGCGAGGGCCUGAAGAAACUCAAAGAGGGCAGCGCUGCCCUGCAGCGGGUCCAGGCUCUGCAUCUCCCCCAGCCUGGGGGGAGCCAGACCGUGUGCACCCAGUGUGGGGGCAGUUUCAGCCAAAGUGUGCGUCCUGCCCAGCUGCCGCCGCAGCCGCCCCAGCCGCGGGUCCCGGCAGCAGAGAGAUUCUACCAGUGCGCCGACUGCGGGAAGAGCUUCUCGGUCAGCUCGCACCUGACCAUCCACCGGCGGAUCCACACGGGGGAGAAGCCGUACCGGUGCGGCGAGUGUGGGAAGAGCUUCAGCCAAAGCUCCACCCUGGUGCUGCACCGGCGCACCCACACCGGGGAGAAGCCCUACAAGUGCACUGAGUGCGGGCGGAGCUUCGCCGUCAGCUCCCACCUGGCCAAGCACCAGCGCACCCACACGGGGGAGAAGCCCUACCAGUGCCAUCACUGCGGGAAGCGGUUCAGCCAGAGCUCCACCCUCAACCUCCACCAGCGGACCCACACCGGGGAGCGGCCAUACCGCUGCGCCGAGUGCGGCCGGGGCUUCUCCGUCAGCUCCCACCUGACCAUCCACCGGCGGAUCCACACGGGGGAAAAGCCCUACCGGUGCGGCGAGUGCGGCAAGAGCUUCCGCCAGCGAUCAGGGCUCAUCACCCACCAGAGAAGUCACGCAGCGCAGAGACUCUACAAAAGCAGGAUUCCUGGGUUCCGUUCCUGGCUCUGCCAUGUGGCCGUGGGCAAGUGUCUGUGCCCCUCUGUGCCUCAGUUUCCCUCUCUGUCGAAGGGGGCUAUCAUCCCCGCCUACACACACAGCCUGAGAUUCCCAGCCCCCUGCCCCCACGACGCGCUGUUCCAGAUGAGGCGAGGGGAAGGGCCCUGUGUCCCGCAUCUCCAGGACUCCACGGAAAGGGUGGUCCUGAGGGGAACCCGUACAGGUGGCGGGAGUGAGCCUGAGGUGGGAGAUCUCUGGCAAGAGGCAGCACAGCCACACAGGAUGUCCACGAGAGGCUCUGCUGGGAACAAUCCCCGGGGCCCGGACCCAGAACUAGCCUGGGGGGCCGAGGCCGGGGGGCAGCAGGGGGACUCUGAAGUGGAGUGUCUGGGCCCAGCCUGGAGGGAUGAGGCUGAGGCCGGGAGCCAGGAGGGAAACUCCCCAGUGGAGCGGCUCGGCCAGGCCUGGGGGAGCGAGGCAGAGGACCAGCCGGGCCAGGCCCCUCCCUACGCUGGCGCCUCGGCCCCCCGCCCAUCGCCGGGGAAGCCCUACAAGUGCACGGAGUGCGGCAAGGGCUUCAGCCAGAGUUCCCACCUGAUGCGCCACCUGGGCACCCACACGGGGGAGAAGCCCUACAAGUGCGGGGCCUGCGCUAAGAGCUUCACCCAGAACUCCAACCUGCUGCAGCACCAGCGCAUGCACACGGGCGAGAAGCCCUACCACUGCCCGCAGUGCGGCAAGCGCUUCUCCUGGAGCUCCAACCUCAUCCAGCACCAGCGCCUCCACACCGGCCAGAAGCCCUUCCAGUGCGCCCAGUGCGGCAAGCGCUUCUGCGAGAGCUCCCGCCUGCUGGAGCACCAGCGCAUCCACACCGGCGAGAAGCCCUACCGCUGCCCGCAGUGCGCCAAGAGCUUCAGCCGCAGCUCCCACCUCAUCCGCCACCAGCGCAUCCACACCGGCGAGCGCCCCUACAAGUGCACCCAGUGCGGGAAAAGUUUCAGCCAGAGCUCGGCGCUCAUCCUACACCACGGGACCCACUUUGGAAUGGGGAAAAUAGAAACGUCUAAUUUCCUGCAGGAUGGAAUUGCCAAUUUCUGA